AUGGACCCCCGCAAAACCGACAUCCUAAUCUGCGGCUCCGGCUCCGCGGGCCUCUGCGCCGCAACCUGGCUCGCCCGGCACGGCAUCCGGAGUACGAUCCUCGAGCGUCGCGCCGGACCCAUGACCAUGGGCCAGGCGGAUGGGGUGCAGUGUCGUACAGUCGAGAUCUUUGAGAGUUUUGGUCUCGCGGAGGAGGUUUUGAGGGAGGCGUAUCAUGUUACAGAGGUGGUGUUUUGGGCGGAUGGGGGAGUGGGUUCUUCUGGAUGUGGUGAUAGCGGGACUGGUGGUGGUGUUGGUGCUGGUGGUGCUGUUGCUGAUGGGAACAGUGCUCGCGGUGGGCGCAUACAACGCACAGGCAGAACGGCAGAUGUGCAGCCUGGACUGUCGCACCAGCCGCAUGUUAUAUUGAAUCAGGCGCGGAUUAAUAUGUUGCUCAUCGAGGCGAUGGGGCGGUUUGGGGGGCAGGGGAUUGAGUACGGGGUUACUGUGACGGAUAUGCGGGUCGAUGUGGAGGGUGGUGGGGAACAUCCAGUGAAGGUUGUUGCGGAAAGGAAUGGAAGGGAGGAGACAUUUGAGGCGAAGUAUUUGUUGGCGUGCGAUGGUGCGCAUAGUACUGUGCGGAAAGCGUUGGGGUAUACCAUGAUCGGGGACAGCAGUGACGCAGUCUGGGGAGUGAUGGAUAUGGUUCCGCGGACGGACUUUCCUGAUAUCAGGAAGAAGACGACAAUUCGGUCACAGGCUGGCAAUAUGCUGAUCAUUCCUCGUGAGGGGGACAACUACACUUUGACGCGGUUCUACAUUGAACUUCCGGCUGGGACGAGAGCGAAGGAUGUCAGAUUAGAAGAUCUGCAGGACGCGGCGAGGAGAAUCCUCAGUCAGUAUAAGGUCGAGUUUGUUGAGACGGUCUGGUGGUCUGCCUAUGCGAUUGGUCAGCGGCAUGCAGACUUCUUCCAUAAGGAUUAUCGGGUUUUCCUCGCGGGAGACGCAUGUCAUACGCAUUCGCCCAAAGCGGGUCAGGGCAUGAAUGUCAGUUUGCAGGAUGGGUACAAUAUUGGCUGGAAACUGGCGGCUGUGCUGAGGGGGCUGGCGCAUCCUUCUUUGUUGGAGACUUAUGUGCUUGAACGGCAGAAGGUGGCUAUUGAUCUGAUCAACUUUGAUCGAUAUUUUGCGAAGCUAUUCUCAUCGAAGGGAGAUGCUUCGGCGCGGGAGUUCCAGGAGGGUUUUAUCAAAGCUGGGAAGUAUACCGCUGGUCUGACGGCUAAGUAUGAUGAGUCUCUGAUCACCUCUGAAACGGGGGCGUCGAGGGAACUUUCUACGAAUACUGUGGUGGGGAUGAGGCUGCCGAGUGCUCAGGUUGUGCGAUUCUGUGACUCGAAGCCUGUGCAGUUGUCUACGGCGCUCAAGUCCGAUGGUCGAUGGAGGAUUAUGGCAUUUGUGGGAGAUAUCGGUGUUUCUGAGAAUUGGACCAGGAUGGCAGCUCUUGGGGAUUACCUGGGCUCGAACGACAGCCCCCUCCAAACAUUCCGUCUCAAAGACGGCGACGCAGACAGCCUGGUCGAGCCAAUCCUAGUGGGCUAUGGCAGACGACACGAUGUCGAAUUCGAACGAAUUCCUAAAGUCUUUUACCCAAUUACCGGCAAGAAUCAGAUUCGAGACCUUCACAAGAUCUUCUUUGACGACGAAAGUUACAACAAAGGCCACGGGCACGUCUACGACCACCUCGGGAUCAGUCCCGACAAAGGCGCUAUUAUCAUUGUUCGACCGGAUCAAUAUGUAUCCGCUGUUUUCAGUCUGGAUGACUAUAGACGAAUCGGCGAGUUCUUUGAGGGUUUUAUGAUCCCGCAGGAGAAGACCGGUUCUCUGCCAGAAGAUAAACUAUGA